AAUCACAAACAUAAAAUAGCGACACUAACGUGAAACCUUAAUUGAAGUCACAUGAAUCUCCCUCUUUUGUCUGCUAAACAUACACGAACCAAAUCCACAAGCAAUAUCUCAUCGCCCCCUCCACCUUGUGCUGCGCGUGGACUUGUCCGUUCCCCCACUUCACGCGCCACCCUCCUCCGCCACACCCCAAAUCAAGGAGCGCGUGGACACCCAAAAUAAUAAUGAUAAUAAAAUAAUGAUGAAAAAGCUGAAUCCAUAGCUCCUGAAAUUGCACAAAGCACAAACCAUCAGCAACACAGCUCAAGCAGCUAAAAACUUGGUGCUACCUUUCCAAUUAUAGCACUUCCUCUAACAUCACUCCUUUCCUUUUGGAUCAACACCCGCAAAAAAAAAAAAAAACCAAGAAAAAGGAAAAGAAAGAUCUCUACCUUGUUCUUUCAUAACUCUUUUUUUUUUUUAGCUUGAUUUCUAUGUCUCGCCCACCCAACUACGAGUUCCAAGAAUGGUGGAACAAGCAACGGGAGAAGAACAGCCUCGACCUCCACGACGACCAAUCAGACCAAUUCAUGGUGGUGGACGUCGACGACGGCGGCGGUGGCGUCCGCUCCGAUCCUUCGGUGGAAAAAGAACGUUCUAGAAGCGCGCGGCAACUGUCGUGGCUGUGGCUCUUGAAGUUCCAACAAAUCGCGGCGUCGCUGGGAUGGUUAUCGAACGGUUUCUUCUUCCUUGUUCGAACCGCGAACCGCAGGAUCGCCGAUUCGGCGUCAUUUCGCGGCGAUACGUCGCGGCUUUACCGUGCGAUCCGCGUGUUCUUGAUCGUGGUGAUCGUUCUGUUAGGGUUUGAGCUUUUGGCUUAUUUCAAGGGGUGGCAUUUUAGUCCACCGGAUCCGAGUGACGUGGUUGGAAUGGUUGGGGUUGUUUAUGCCACGUGGCUUGAUGUUAGGGUGAAAUACUUGUCGCCACCGUUGCAGAGUUUGGCGAACCUGUGCACCCUGUUGUUCAUUGUGCAAUCGGUGGAUAGGGUGGUUUUGAUUUUGGGGUGUUUUUGGAUUAAGUUUCGGAGGAUCAAGCCUGUGGCUAGUGUGGAUUAUUAUGAUAGCAUUGCUCGGAGCGUGGAGGAUUACCCCAUGGUGUUGGUUCAGAUUCCAAUGUGCAAUGAGAGGGAGGUUUACCAGCAAUCCAUUGGAGCAGUUUGUAUCAUGGAUUGGCCAAAGGAGAGAAUGCUUGUACAGGUUCUCGAUGAUUCUGAUGAAGUAGAUAUCCAGCAGCUUAUCAAGGCAGAAGUGCAUAAAUGGCAACAAAGGGGUGUUCAGAUAAUAUAUAGACAUCGGCUUAUUCGUACAGGCUACAAGGCAGGCAAUCUUAAAUCAGCAAUGAGCUGUGAUUAUGUUAAGGAUUAUGAGUUUGUGGCAAUAUUUGAUGCUGAUUUUCAGCCAACACCAGAUUUCUUAAAGAAGACAAUACCUUAUUUCAAGGGAAAGGAUGAUUUAGCAUUAGUCCAGGCAAGAUGGGCAUUUGUAAACAAGGAUGAGAACUUGCUUACUAGAUUGCAGAACAUCAAUUUGUCAUUCCACUUUGAGGUGGAACAGCAGGUGAAUGGUGUCUUCAUUAACUUCUUUGGUUUCAAUGGAACUGCUGGUGUCUGGAGAAUAAAGGCCCUUGAGGAAAGUGGUGGCUGGUUGGAGCGAACAACUGUUGAGGACAUGGAUAUUGCUGUCCGUGCUCAUCUCUGUGGAUGGAAGUUUAUCUUUCUCAAUGAUGUUAAGUGUCUUUGUGAACUUCCAGAGACCUAUGAGGCAUAUAAGAAACAACAACACCGCUGGCAUUCUGGUCCGAUGCAAUUGUUUCGCUUGUGUUUUGUAGACAUACUUCGAUCAAAGGUUAGUUGGGGAAAGAAGGUCAAUUUGAUAUUUCUGUUCUUCCUCCUGAGGAAGCUUAUCCUGCCAUUUUAUUCAUUCACCCUCUUCUGCAUCAUUCUUCCAUUGACCAUGUUCCUUCCCGAAGCUGAGCUCCCAACCUGGGUUGUUUGUUACAUUCCUGGAAUCAUGUCUGUCCUAAGUGUUCUCCCAGCUCCACGGUCAUUUCCGUUUAUAGUUCCUUACCUUUUAUUUGAGAACACUAUGUCAGUAACUAAAUUUAAUGCCAUGAUAUCUGGAUUAUUUCACUUUGGAAGUUCUUAUGAGUGGGUGGUUACAAAAAAGUUAGGAAGAUCGUCAGAGACAGAUUUGGUUACCUUUGAGAAAGAAUCUCAACCUCUAAUGCGAUCUACUAGUCUUCAUAGAUCAUCCUCAGAUUCAGGCAUUGAGGAACUAAGCAAACUAGAAUUGUCAAAGAAAACUGGGAAGCCCAAAAGAAAUCGUCUCUUCAGGAAAGAACUUGCUCUUGCAUUUAUUUUGUUAACUGCCUCAGUUAGAAGCUUACUAUCUGCCCAAGGGAUUCACUUCUACUUCCUAUUAUUUCAAGGGAUAAGCUUUCUGGUUGUUGGUCUUGAUUUGAUUGGAGAGCAGGUUAGUUGAGGUCCAAAUUUUGGAUUUUGAGUGCAUACAAAACCUUGCAGAUCAUCAUUGAUACAAGAUAAAGGUCGAAAUGGCCCUUAAACCCAUCCCUGAACACAUUGAUUUGAGCCUAAGCUGUUCAGUGGUUUUUGGCUCCCAAUUAAAGCAAAUCAGUUGCCUUGACGCCCAACUUGCAGUUCUGUUUGUUUUUGCUGUAAAGACUUCUGCCUUGUUGUUGCCAAGUCAUAUGGCUUAAGUUACGUAAAAAUUGUUUCAAUUCCGAAUGGCGAAACGUAUGGACACUGAAAAAAAUGGUGGUUCUAGAUUCCUGACCUAUAAUGCCAAUAUACAAUUGCUUGCCUGCCUGAACUGGAAAGAUGGAGAUUUGUUAGAUUAUAACAUUUUUUAUUCUUUUGAAUGUUGACAUACUGUACAAUCAGAGAGUUUCAUUAUAUCGUUGCUUAAAUUGUAUUUGUUAUCAGGCAGCGAGAUUUUUGGUGCAUCUCCUACCAAGUAUAUUUUCAUCGUUUCCCAUUAAUCUUAUUGGUUGUCUUUAUCAUAGUUUACUUUUAUACUUGAUUAAGGUUGUGAAACUCUUGAGCCUUGUAAAUGGAUAACCUCAAUAUUACCUGUCUGAUUAAGCAAG